AUGAUAAAUAGUAAUGAAGUUUCUCCUGUGAAAAUGUCCAAUGGUAUUAAUUGAUGUUUAUAUCCCAGAGUAGAAGUAAGAUAUUAUGAGAUCGAUUUUGAAAGAAGAAUCAAUGAUAAAUAUUACCUUAAAACCAAUUGAAUAGGAGGUGUUCUUGACUGAGGAUCCAUAGGUAGCACUGAUUAAACUGAAAUGUUUCUAAGAACUGAUCAACAAAGAGAGGUAACAUAUGGAGUUGAUUGUAGAUUAGCGUAUGCAGAACAUCUAGCAGAAGUCUUCGAAAUGAUUGGAGAUGAUGCAUAUAGAAAUCUAGGAUUUAUUCUUAAGCAAUUCGUAAUUGUUGUGUAAUACUUAUUUGCAAGGUUCAAGAUUCCUAUUCAAUCUAAUUGUCUAUUAUUCGAUAGUUGCCUCUACUUGUAGAACAAAUUAAGAAACGAUAAUCUGGAUAUGCGGAAUUGAAAGAUCAUGUUCUGCCAUUUAUGAAUAUAUUCAUCAUGCAUGAAGAUUUCGAUGUACACAUAUCCCAUCAGACUUAUUAGGUUAAAAAAGAAGUUUUGACCCAACUAAUUAAAAUAGCACCCUUUUUAAUUGAAUAGGAUAAAGUGGACACAAUCUUAACACAUCUAAUUGAGAUGGCUCAUGAUGAAAAAAAUAAUUAAAAUCGUAUGUUGGCAGCUGAAACCUUUGGUUAAACUGCCUCUCUCUUCUCAAUGAAAUAUUGUGAGUCUUAUAUUUGCGGAGAACUCUUAGCUCUUGGUAUAGAUUUAAAUGAGUUUGUAAGAGAAAAAGCUAUUGAAUAAUUACCAAAUAUAUCAGUAUGUCUAUCUGAAAAAUGCAUAGAACUCAAAAUUAUACCAUUCUUUUUAUAGUAAUAUCCAAUCUCUAUUCUAGAUCUUGCGAAGACAGACUCUUGUAAAUUAAAUUUGCUUGUAUCAGAUCUAUUUCAGGCAUUUCCAAAUACGCCAGACAUAACUUAAAGACUACAAAAUUAAUACCCAAGUAUUUGGACUUUAUUUCUGAUUAAAAUAAAGAUGUCAGAAAGACUGCAUAUGAAUAUUUAGGGGAGUUCAUCAGCACAAUUAAAUUUACUGACAAGGAUCAGCAAUAACUUGAAACCAUAUUGGCAUACUACCAAAAUUAAUUGGAUAAGAAUAUGAAUAUGAUGGGUGUCGAUGUAAGUUCAAUUUCAAAUGAUAUUUUAAGCUUGUCUAUAAAUGUGCCUACUAUUUCCCAGGAGUGCUCUAAGCUAUUGGCAGAGCUCGUUGGCUCAAGAUUCAGCCUCUGUAUGGAUUCCUUCUGAAAUACCCUUCAGAUGUAAUUAAAUAUCUAGUUUAGAAAGUUAGAGUUUCCUUAUCUCAGAGUUUUCAUGAAGUGGCUAAAUUGUUGGGUCCCGAUUUGUCCAAAGAAUAUUUGAUCCCUGUACUAGAAACAUUAGCAUAAGAUAAAUUGUAAGAAGUCAGAAAUGGCAUAGUAGUAAAUCUGUCUAAAUUUAUAUCUAUCUUUCCUAUUGAAGAAAGAGACUAUGUCAUUGAUCUAUUACUCAAUUUUUAGAAAGACUAACAUAAAUGGCGAACUCGUCAGACUAUUUGUACUUCCAUAUUUCCAAUCACCAGGUGUUUUAACAAUGAUACCAUCUUUUUUUAAAUUGCCCCAAUUCUAUUUAAAUUUUGCUCUGAUACAGUUGCUAAAGUAAGAAGGAAGGCUUCUAAAAAUGUUGUUCAUUUGGUUGAGACAUUUGAAGAGGAAGGAGAACAAAGAACUGUCAUUCUUGAAUAAAUUAGGGCUUUUUCGCAUUCUAAGAAAUUCAAUCAAAGAUAAUCUUAUUGUUGGAUGUGCUAUAAAUUAUUUUAUAGACCAGAUUUUGAAGAUCUAUUUUUUGAAAGACUCUUUGAAUUAUGCAGAGAUCCUGUUUAAUGUGUAAGAUUAUCAGCUGUUACUGUCAUUGAUAAAUUUAUUUAAAAAGAAGGUUUCUCAAAAGAACGCAAAUAUUUAAAAUAUUUAUUGGUUCAAUUUAUUGAUGAUCAAUGUAAAGAAAUUUAAUAAAUUCUUACAAAAUAUAAUUUUGUCAUCUAAAAAACCAAAAAAAAGACUCUCUCCUGUAGAUCACGCAAUAGCGGAUCUUCAAAUGGUCAUUUGGAAGACAUUCCAGAAUUUGAUGAAAAAAUAGAACAAAUUCGUAAAACAUCUGGCAAAGUUUGA